AUCACACAGGAUUGUUCAAGAAUUCCCUAUGAGCAACUGCUUAAAGAAGAUGAGUUUAUUAUGUCUUCUCAAAAAAAGUUGAAUAAUCAGAAGAAAGACAACAAAGAUGUUUGUAAAACACCAAAAAAACACCAGAAGAGUGAAAAAAAGCAUGUGUCUGUGUUAGGACAAAAUGACUGUAAAAAAAUUAGCAAAGAUGAAUCAACUGGACAAGUUAAAAAAAAGUCAAAUAAUAUGAAAGAUGUUUCAAAAAAUAUAAAAAAAAAACAGAAAAGUACAAAUAAGUGUACAUUUAUGUUAGAACAGAAUGACUGUAAAAAUAUUAGCAAAUAUGAUACAGCUCAAAGCAAAGAAGAUCCCCUUGGGUCUGUUGUUGAAUCUGGUUCCUCGGUAACAACAUCCCAAACAAAUUUAGUCGAGCACGAACAAGGCAAUACUUCAGAAGGGCAAACCCGUAGUAGGCGCUCGACUAGUAUGGCUGCCAGGGAUUUUAUCAAGUCUGUUUGUCAAAAACUCUACCAUGCAAAAAGUGGUCAGAAGUCUGGUGAAGAAGGUAAGAAUAAGGUUGUCCAGAAAAAGAUUCUAGAGAAAAAGUCACCAGAGCUAGAAAAUGAUAGUGAUAGCGAUUCAACUAUUUUUAUUCCAAAGUUGUUCCCAAAGAAUGCAGAUUCUGGAUAUUAUUCCAAUAGGAAAUAUUUUUCAUUUCUUCUGAAUUCCCAGAGGUCCUACUUUUUAUCCCGUAAUGGCAAGUAUCGGGGGAAAGACCACUGUCAAGACAAAGACAGGCUUAGUCGUCUUAAAAGCCAUGUUUCAGAUUUUUACGAAAUAGUGAAACGCGAACCAUUUCAUGGUCAGUCGGGAUGUAAGGUAAGACCUAAAGAUUCAGUUUGUGAUAGAGAAACUGAAAAAUCUGAAGAAGUAUUUAACAACAGACAAGAUUCUAAACAAAAAGUUCAAGAUGUCAGUGAUUCAGAAAUAGAAUUAAAAUUCUCAAAAAAAACAUUAACUCCUACCAUUCUGGGACAUUUUGAGUCAAGAGGUCGGGGCCAAAUGAAAGGUAAGGGUAUCGGACAGAAUGACAGAAAUAAAAGAACUUCUAAGACAGAGAAAAACAAAAAAGUUGAUUUAUUGAAAAAGGAUAAAAAAAAUGGGUCAAAAUCAUUUUAUUCACUCAAAAAGACUCGAGGAGGUAAACUUUCAUGUAAUUCAAAAAAACGUGUAGGUUUUGUUGAGCCGAAGGUACUGUCUGGUGAUAACCUUUAUCAGUUGAAAACUAUUGUAAAAAAAACUGGUAGAUUAUCACGAAAGACAACCAAUGAAGACUCUAACGCAUUAGUUAGUCAGCUUGGUUUACCACCACACUUAGAGGGACCUCCACCUGCAGAAGAAUUUCCUGGGAAUGAAACGCCCCUAAUUCAACCCAAAAAUCGGGUUUUUGUGUCUUUGCCAGAUAAAACUGUGGUGGAAGUGAGUUGUUCUGAUCGACAAAAAGUUCUGAUGAAAGCCGAGUCCAAGUUGAAAGCCCUUGCAAGUUCAAAUCUGAAUCAGGAUUGCAGUACCAUUGGUUUGCCCAAGCUUGAAGAGUGUACACUUGAUCCUUCCGAGGACAGUGGCACAUCCAAGUUACCCAACACUGUUCUGUUAAUCGAAAGUGAAUUACCAGUAGAAGAAGCAGAAAAUAAAGACAUAUUUGAGGGAGUAUAUCUCUUUUCUCAGGUUUUUUCACCUACUGAAAAAUUACAAAAGUGUAUGAUUUGUCCCGACAAAAUUCACCUGAAAACCGUCCGUGACCUUGAGAAACAUUACCGUAAGGUUCAUGAUCUAGCUUCCACGAUCAAAAAGGCUCAGUAUAAUGAGAACCACGUGUUUGUAUGCAUGCCUUCUAAUGUGAAUGAAAACACUGUUUUGAAAUCUAAGUGCCGCUUUUGUCAAGUUCUCCUAAGAAACGUCACUCAAGUUCAAGAACAUUAUUCUUCUGUGCAUGGAAAAGUAGUUCGCAAUAUUCCAGAGUCCCAGAUUUCAUUUUUGGGUAGAUUUUUCUACUGUAGCAUGUGUUCAUAUCCAUCAUCAACCAUUCUAUCACACCUUGACCACAUGAAAACUGUUCAUAGCAUGAAAACAUUUGUCUGUCGUCAUUGUAAUUUCUGCACACCUCAGCCUUACAAGUUAAGGCUUCAUGUUAGGCAGAGUCAUUUUGCAACUAUCAUAGACUCCAAGUGUCCUGUUUGCCAGAUAAAUUUCAAAGGAGAAUUGGUUAAACAUAUGAAACAGGCCCAUGCUGUACAGACUG